UUUCUCCUCGCCAUUAGACGUCCAGGUUUGGUGUGUCAUUGGUUGCAGCCCAGAGCUGGCACCAGCUCAAAGGGGAUGUUGAAAAAUGCAAUCCAUAUGGUGGCACUAUAAAAUCUAGCACAGACCACAACCAAAGACCAAGAUCUGUUCAGGACACCGGUGCCGACGCAAUUCGAAAACCACAUUUCCCGCAUUGCCUGAGGAUUUUUGCUCUCUAAAACACCCAGGGGACCAGGACCAGUUGCUUUAAGGGGGAGGUCCUGUUGGAUUUGAUAUGAAUAUUCUGUGUCAUGUCAUGUUCCUGCUUCUGCUGGGAGUCAUUUCUUGUCAGAACAACAAUCGAAAUGCCAAGUCAAGUGGAAAACCUGCGAAGAAACCUAACAGCCAGGCUAAAGAGACAACCCAGCAUGGCCCUGAAGAUGACCCAAACCUUGCGCCAGCAGGUGCUGGUGAUUCCAGUAAAGAAACCAAUUCUGGAGGUCGUGGCACCACCCAACAAAGCGCAUCUGUCAACAAGCCUGUUGAUGAAAUGAAGCUGCACUUUCUUAAGAACACAUUAGUGACAUGCAAUGAUGGUACUGCUGCUGGGUUUUACCUAAAGGAGUUCAAAGGAAGUAAGAGAUGGCUGAUAUUUUUGGAAGGUGGCUGGUGCUGCUACAACAAAGAGACCUGCGAUUCCAGAUACAAAACAAUCCCCCGACUUAUGAGCUCAGCUGACUGGCCACAGACACGCAAAGGAAGUGGUUUACUGUCAACACAAGUAGAUGAAAAUCCACACUGGUAUAAUGCCAAUAUUGUGUUUGUUCCCUAUUGUUCAAGUGAUGUGUGGAGUGGUAACAAAGCAGCAUUAAAGUCCAAACAGGCAAAAGAAACAGAAUAUGCUUUCAUGGGAUCUCAAAUCAUUCGGGAAGUGAUCAAAGAUCUUUCCCCAAAAGGAUUGAAACAAGCCAAAGUUGUGAUGUUGGGAGGAACAAGUGCUGGGGGAACAGGUGUGCUGCUGAACAUUGAUAAGGUGUCCAGUCUUCUGGAGCAGUUGGGGGCUGAUGCUCAGGUGCGCGGCCUUGUCGACUCAGGCUGGUUUCUGGAGAGUAAACAGCAAAAAGCUCCUGAUUGUCCAGAGAGUGCCUCCUGCACCCCUGUGGAUGCCAUAAAAAAAGGAAUUCGGUUGUGGGGUGGUGUUGUUCCAGAAAGGUGCAAGCAGCAGUAUAAAAGAGGAGAGGAAUGGCAAUGCUUUUUUGGACACAAACUGUACACAUACAUAACUGCUCCAUUGUUUGUAGUGCAGUGGUUGUUUGAUGAGGAACAGUUACGAGUGGAGAACAUUUAUAUGGGCGGGCAAUCGCUCUCAGAGCAGCAGUGGACCUACAUGCAGAACCUGGGAAAAGAGUUUAAAAACUCUCUCAAAGAUGUUACGGCUGUAUUCGCCCCCUCAUGUCUUUCCCACACUUUGAUUACCAAAAGUAAUUGGAUGGAUUUCCAGAUCAAGGGGACGUCACUCUCUCGUGCUCUGCAGUGCUGGGACAGAAGUCUUCAGGAGGCUAAUAAAAACAGCAAAACACCUCUAAAGGGCUGUCCCUUUCAUCUCAUCGAUAACUGCCAGUGGCCACAGUGCAACCCAACCUGUCCAGCCCUGAUUGACCAGGCCACACAACAGGAGAUGACCCUACUCCAGGUGCUGGCCAGUAUGGGUUUGGACCUGCAAAAGCUCGGCUUGGAUGUAAGCGGAGAUAUUUCGGCCAGCAUGGUCAGCAGUGGUGGCUAAAUUAGCAUUAGCGGCGGUGGUGUUCUCAUCAACACAAUUCACCUCAUCCACACUUUUUAGAGAUUGUUCAGUGGCUUCCUCUCAUGCCACUUCCAGAGAAGGACCUGGGUUUGUCUAGUGAACAUGUCACUAGAUUUCAGUACCGACAGUCUGCCUUUACAACUGUGUUCUAGAAUGAUUUUGGGUUCUCCAAGCAAGCGACUCUAGCUAGACACAGUUAAUCAAUGGUUAUCACAACUGCUAAUCUAACUAAUCACUUCCAUAAGAGAACUGGUGUCUGAAUUCAAUGCUUUAGCUAAAACUGUCUGACAACAUCAGUGUACCAACAAAAUCAAGAAAAGCUGAAUUUACUGUUAACUAAAACUGAAGAAUGUACUAGUUGAUAAACAGCAAGGACAUUUAGAAGGAUGUUUGGCUUUCCAUCACAUUCUGGAGAAAAGCAGUGCGCAGAUUAAUAACAACAGUUUUUUUUCUUAAAAAAGGGUGACAAGAAACCCGAACACUGCAAUAACCACAUUCAUCCAAACAUCCUGUAACAAUACUUACGCUAUGUUAUAUAUCUGUAUUAUUUUUUAGCAAGUGCAUGCUGUUUUAAGACAUUGUAGUCCAUUUUGCAGUCAAGAAUCAUAAAAAUGACACAGAAUGAUAAUAGGGAAUGGAUAAAUGUGGUAUCUGUUUAAUUGUGCCUUAUAUAUGAAUAAGACGUCUAGUUACAUAUUGAUAACCAUCUGAAUGUCCUUAAAAAUACAUCAUAAAACAAAAACAUCUAUUUUAAUGUAAUUACCUUACAAUCAUAUGAUUAUACUCCAUGCCUAUUUUCAUGAUCUGUAAUAUCGUUUGACAUUUAUAGUUGGUUUGACUUAUCUUGAACACUAAUAAAAGAUGAA